CCUGUCAGUGCCCUGUAUAAUCCAAAUAUGUCCAUUCAAAUUGUUUUCGAUGCGGACAUUGUCUACUUCGUUUUACGUAUGAAUUUCAGAUACAUUUUAUAUACCUUUUGAAUACAGCAUGGAGGUGAACACUACCGUAAUAGACCGUAACUUAUUAAAGUUGCGCGUCAUAGCGCAACAACUUUUGGCGCAAGCUAAUCACUCUGCGCCGCUCCUGGACAAUGGAACGGACUCUGCUCCUCAGGAUGACCUUGACGUGAACACGGACAUUUACUCCAAAGUGCUGGUUACUGUAAUUUAUGUGGUUUUGUUCGCGAUCGGAUGUUUGGGGAACUCCAUAACUCUGUAUACACUGCUAACGAAGAAAUCCCUUCAGAACCUGCAGAGCACCGUGCACUAUCACCUGGCCAGUCUGGCCAUAUCCGACCUCCUCAUCCUGAUACUCAGCAUGCCCAUCGAGCUGUACAACUUUAUCUGGGUCCACUAUCCAUGGGCCUUCGGCGAAGUGGUUUGCAAAGGAUACUACUUUCUUCGGGACGGUUGUUCAUACGCUACAGCGUUCAACAUCACCAGCCUGAGCGUGGAGCGCUACAUGGCCAUCUGCCAUCCGUUUAAGGCGAAAAGCAUCAUGUCGCGAAGUCGCACCAAGAAACUUAUCAGCGGGAUGUGGGUGGCUUCUUUCCUCCUGGCCAUGCCGAUGGUCUUCACCAUGGGCCAGCGAAUUGUCCGCGGCGAAGUCAUAUGUACUACAACUGUGUCUUCUGUAACGGCUAAAACGGUUUUACAGGUGAACGCCUUCCUGUCAUUUGUGGUUCCCAUGGUGCUGAUCUCUGCCCUGAAUGGAGUCAUUGCCAGCCAGCUGCUGCGCAUGUUCCGAGAGGCUGCCCAAGACAGCCGCAUUUGCAUCGCUGGGGGUAAUGCCACCAUGCUCAGUGUUGCCAUGGAGCCCAACCGUGCCCAGUCCCUGCGUCAUGGCGUUAUGGUGUUACGUGCUGUGGUUAUUGCUUUUGUAGUCUGCUGGCUGCCAUAUCACUCUAGACGCCUCAUGUACUGUUAUGUCACUGAGUGGACAGAGACUCUCUAUAACUUCUACCACUACUUCUACAUGGUCACGAAUGUGCUGUUCUACGUGAGUUCAGCUAUCAACCCCAUCCUGUACAACCUGGUCUCGGCCAAUUAUCGUCAGAUCUUCUUCUCCACACUCCACUACUUCUGCUUGCCAUGCCGACGUAAGCGGCAAAGACACGUGUUCAACAGGCAUUCCAUCAGCAUCUGCAGCAACCAGACCUUCUCCACCAAUGUCACCAAGGAGACUGUCUACUGACCAACGACAACACUCCAGCACUCAGAUACACCCAAGAAGGAUUCUUAUUCUUUUUUACAGUGCCAGUUCCUAGAACUUUCAGUUUAUCUAGAUGUUGCAGACUUUGAAAGACAGUGAUUAAGUGUGAUUGAAUCGGCCGACAUGAAGUGCUGUUACCAAAUGUAAUUUACAAAUAUAAAAAAUUUGACAAAAUUCGGAAAUGUUUGUUACAUUUUAAAAGGUAUUGUGUAAGUACUGUAAAAUGUAUUCAAUGUGCAUUAUUAAUACAGGAAACAAAUGUCUGUAUUACAACACGUGAAAAAGAACAAUGAUCUGACAAUCAGUAAGGUAUUAUUAAUAGUUAUGUACUAUGGUUGUGUGGAUGUAAGUGGAUACCCCUGCUACAUACCCCCCACCCCCCAUCUCUUGUUAACCUCUCAUAAUUAAUUUAACAGGAACUAAGUACAUAACUUUUUCCUUUCAGGAUAAGAUUUAUAGAUGGAGGUGGCUGACCCUUUGCUGAAUUAUUGUGUGAUUUUCUUUGAAGGGUAGCCUUGUAAAAGGCUUUUCAAUUAGAUAUGCCACAAUGUCUCACUUGUCAUCACUAUUCAAAGUUAGCUGGCUAAGGUAGCAUGUGUUGUUUUACUAAUAAUGCUUAACACCUUCUUCAGAAUGUUCAGAAGCGCCAGCCUGUUAUUGGCCAGCUCUCUGAAAAUUUAAUUGGUCAUAUUUCCAGUCAUUUAACUAAUAGACGUACAUUACAGAACCUUUCAAAAUAUCACCAUAAAGGGCACAUAGGCACAUACACAUCAGCAAGACAGCAUACUGAUGAGUCAUUUUAAUUAGUUUUACCACUUUCAGAUAGAAAUGUAUCAUAUAGUAUCUAAGUAUAUGUGAAUUAGCUUAUGUGAAGUAGCCUUGAUAGUUUUUAUUUUGUCUUAUGAAAGAUGUUUAUGUUACUUUUUUUGUCAACAUUUUGUUACUCCUAGAAGAGCCUGAAUGUACAAAUGGACAGAUUACCAAGAUGUAGCAGACUACAAACACUAAGUGAAGUAGAUGUGAAUGCAGGAUGAUCUGCUGGUAGAUGUGAAUGCAGCCCCAAAACAAUCCCUACUGUGUCCAUCACAUAAACAAAGAAGCUGAUAAAUGCCAUAAUUGAGAUGCUUGGCUACAAGUUAGAGGCCAAGAUAAAGGCCAAAUGGAGAGAAGUCAGCCAGAUAUCAGAAAUGCAGAAAGGCACCUGAGAAGUACAAAAAGCUGCCCAUAUCUGAGGCGUUGGAAACUGCCAGAGAUACACAAGUAGAAGCAAGGAGAAUAAACAGGAUGUUUUCUAUCCAAAGUGUACUCUCAGUGGCAGGGCAGCAACAUAAGAACAGAUCCACCAAAGCUGGAGACUGUAAACUGGAAAGGCAUAUGGGAGAAGGACAUCACCAUGGAAUCCUGGGUACUUUAGAAUCCCACAGGCAAAUGGGAAUCAUGAAGAAGCCACAAGGAAAAGCAGCAAGUCCUGCAAAGUCAGCUGAAUGGGAAAAACAAGUUCCGAGCUAUCAACACCUAUGCCCUGCCAGUCAUCUUCAAGUGACAAUGUGCUUAGUGAGUACCUCAGAUAGUGGCUGAUAUGUAGAAAUCCUACAAAUGGCUCAGAAAGGCUGGAUUAAAUAACAGCACAGAGGCACUAAUCAUGGCAGCACAGUAACAAGCUCUAAACACAAGAUCAGUAGAGGCUGGGAUCUACCACACCAGCCAGGACACUAGAUGCAGGCUGUGCAAAGAUGUCCCAGCACAUAACAGCGGGAUGCAAAAUGCUAGCAGACAGGGCAUACAUGGAACGUUAUUACCAAGAGGCUGACAUAGUGUACAAAAACAUCUGUGCCAAGUACAGGUUGGAUGUUCCAAGGUCUAAGUGGGAUAAGCCCCCAAAGGUUGUGGAAAAUGACCAUGCUAAGAUCCUGUGGGACUUCCAUAUUCAGACAUAUUCAAUCAGACAUAGUAGUGGUGGACAAACAGCAGAAGAGGACAUAGUGAUAGAUGUAGCAAUCCCAAGUGAUUGCAACAUCAGAACCAAGGAACAUAAAAAGCUAAUAAAACACUAAGGGCUGACAGAAGAGCUGGAAUUUAUGGAAGGUGAAGGCAACAGAGGGGCAGUGAUAAUCGGAGCACUAGGGGCUGUGACACCAAAACUGGGAGAGUGGCUCCACCAGAUCCCAGGAACAACAUCCAAGAUCUCCAUAUAUAUAUAUAUAUAUAGUCUCUCUGCAUUUUGUCACCCUGGUAACACUGUGUAACAAGGCAACACACUAUUGCUGAUACUGAAAGCAGGGUGAGGAAGCUAGUUAUGGGGUCUACAUACAUAUUCCUCAAUUUCUAGCCACUUUCCUGCAUCAAGAACUGAAAGACAUAUUAUUUUUCAAUGAACAAAUUGCCAGAACAUUAAUGAAUGGGGACAGCGAGUCACACCAUCUGACAAAGCUGACUGGGUCUGGAUCAGUUUGCUGCUGCACUUCACAUCUAACUGCCACAGUGAAAGACAGUUUACAUUUACCUGAUACUUUCAUCCAAAGCAACUUACAAUUACGAGUGAGUACAACUUGAGCAA